CUGAGACUAUAUAUAAAUUAAAUAAUAUCUUUGUUUUCACUACCGAAUCGCUCCCCUCCUAUCUACUAUAAUGAGCUAUUUAUGUUACCUUUGCACUAGUUAUUGAUGACUGGUUUUCAGGUCAACUACUUCCCUUCAAGGUAUGAUUCGGUUCGCCAUGCUGGGACUUUCCCCAUUCCUCCUACUAUUUGCACUGGCAAGCGCGACAAGUGUGUCAUUGAGAAGGAAAACAACUUUAAGCAGCCUGGUGAGAGAUAUCGAUCAUUUGCACCAGACAGGCAAGAGCGCUUUAUCCGCCAAUGGGUCGAAGCUUUAUCUGACCCCAGAGCCACUUAUGAGAUACGUAGUAUUUGGAUCUUAUACUGGUCUCAGGCGGACAAGUCUCUGGGUCAGAAGCUGGCCUCUCGCCUCAACAUGAGGCCAAGCAUUUGAAGGUGAAGCCCCCACAGGACGAUUUUUCAGAGUGUUGACGCGAAUAAAUCUGAUUAGUGAUAAUCCUCCUGUAUUCUAAUACAUCACUUUGACUUAAAUAUACUGGCAAUUCGCCCCUUCAAUAAAAUGCAGUGUUAUAUGCAAGUUCUAUAUAGCGUUGUACCA